GCAGUUUGCGAGAGGCCACAUACUCUAUGACGGAGAGAAUCUCUCCUGUGAACCUGGGAUCAUUAGCUAGAGAUGGCUCUCCUCUAAUGGUAACCGAGAACGUAACGUCAGCCACUACAACUCAUGUUACUAAGACGGUGAAGGGAGGCUACUCGGAGACAAGAAUUGAAAAGAGGAUCAUCAUUACUGGUGAUGAUGAUGUUGAUCAAGAUCAGGCGCUUGCCAUGGCAAUAAAAGAAGCCAAGCAACAGCACCCUGACAUGUUGGUUACCAAGGCGGUGGUUGUCAGGGAAACAGAAUCUUCCACUCAAGAUCCACAUGAGGAAUCGAAGUCCUGAUCUCCUCGGUUCUCAGGAUUUCAACAGGAAGCAAGUGUUCCUCAACGACUGCCAGUGGGUCGCCAACAUCUACAGACCUCUUAUUCUAAGCUUCUAGCUUCCACUUACAUACACCACACUAACACUUACACAUGCACACAAACACAUGCUGCCUCCCAGAUGUCGGAACCUAUUCCUUCUCAUGUAAUUUCUAUUUUGUGUCUACAUUCGCUGUGGUAACAUGGACAUACUGGUUGAGGAGGCACACGGUCUCCUUGGCGGAGGACUGCUAAGGAAGGACAGACUCAUCUCAUCAAUCAGACGAUUUAGCCGCCAUUGUAGUCUCUUGCUUUUUCUUCACGAAUGUGAAAACUAACCAAGCGUACUAUCGACAGCCCGAUGCUAACAUCAAGCAUGAGGCAUGGGGCUUUUGGAUGAACAUUGCUGAAGAUUUAGCGUAGUGGAGUGACAGUAGUAUCUAUUGAGUAGUUUUUCUAGGGUUCAUUGAGAUAUAACACAGAUCUUUUUGCAAAUACUGAACUGUAGGGAAAAGCCUAGCUAGCGUACAUACAGUAUGUCGUGCUUCUCUGAUCAACAAAUGUUAUGUUGCUGAAUGUUAAAUUCUGAAUCUCAUCUGCAUGUGGCAAAGCAGGGUUUAAAAUGUUUUUUAAAUGAGAGACUGUAUUACUGUAUGAUUGUCAAACCUUUUGACAGUCCUCUGAAAAGUAUUAAUUUCCAUAUUAUACAUAAUAUGGAGAUAGUGGGCUUUUCCCCCCUGAUUUUAUUAUUAUUAUUAUUAUUUUAAUUAUUCUAGAAAGUUGUGUUUGUUUUAUUUAAGGAGCCCUUACAUAUGGUCAUUAGAUUUCAAGAAAAGAGGCAAAUGAAAAGCGCCAAUUUACAGUACAAACUUUUCAGGGAACCAAUUGUAAUCAAACUUUAGAUUUUAGAUUCGAAAUAUCCCCAAGUGUGACAUAAAUUAAAAAAUGCACGACACAAAAAGUCAAACGUUCGCUUGUUGAAUGCUCUAUUUCAUGUCCUAAACAUAUUGUUAAACUGUGAAAACGUCCAAAGAAACCAAACCUAAUUUGAGUUCAGUACAUACUGACACACUUGCAUAAUCAAGCAAUGUGUUAUGUGCAUGUAUAUUUAAAAUUUAAGCAUUUGAAGAAAAUUCUAUUCAGAAACUAGAAUAAUUUUCCAAGCCAAUAUUUAACAAAAUCCUGCUCUAUAUGUUUGAAACUUUUGUGAUUUAAAAAAAAAAAAAAACUGUUACUUCCCACACAAUGCUGUGCCAAUGAACUAAUGAUUUUGAAACGCUGUUGAAAUGGUUCUGAUUUGUUAGAUAUGAGACGUUUUUAUGUGUAAAUGUCAUGAGCCUGUGGUUUUCAGUGAAGCGUGACCCUUGAGCCAUGAUUCUCUUUACAAACGUUCCUCUGUGAAAGCAGUAGAAAUCCUGGAUGACACAGGACAUAUAUGUGUUCUAGUAUUGAACGGACGAAUGAGCUUCGAAUUGUGUGUAUUGCCAAAUUUAAAACUUUACAGGAUGAAAGAAGAUCAGGACAGCUCUUAACAACCUUUGCUAACACGGUGAAGGCUUGUUCUUGUGUAACUAAUGCAUUUGUUCAGGACUGUGCACUAUGUGAAAAUAAUAACACUUUACACAACCUGCAGAUAUCAGAAGGGGAAUCUGUAUACGUCAUACUUCCAACAUGAUCAGUCACUGAUUUUUGAGGAUAUGUGAGCUCUUUUUGAAUAUAAAGAAGUGCCAUGCAAAGGUUGAUAGUUGGAUUCCUAAUCAACCGCAGCAUUCUUACGCCAGCCCAUUUGCUAAGCCAAUGACAAAGUUUUGUCUCUUUAGAAGGCAAUGCUCUUGUUUAAACGCUGUAUGUUGCAUUUAAGAUUUGGAGGAAAACAAGUUAAGCUUAGAAAAGUACUCUUAGCAUCAAUUCCCCUGUGAUUCCACCUGCAGACACUUAUGUUUACAAUGCUAUCCUCUACUUUCUACUGCUUGGUUUUGUGUGUUUGCUGUACAGUGUUCGAAAUAAAUCAGAUCCAUCCAUGUGGUCAAGUUUGCUA